AUGUGGAAGAUGGAGGGGAGCGAGCUGGAGCUGAAGGAGGUCCAUAGGAUGCUCAUGACAGACAAGGUCCCUCUCAUGCCCUCCCUCCUCCACGCGUUCCAGGCGCGACUUCGCUCAUGCGCCAACUGCCGGCUGACGCCCUGCCAUGAGCAGGUUGCUGGGUACAAGUGCCCCAAGAGCUGGAACAAGGCGAGGUCGAGGAAGAAGGAGAGGCUGCAGAAGUUCGUCGCCACCAAGGCCUUCCGCGACUUCCAGGAGGUCUUCAGCAGCUUCGUGCAGGAGGUGGUGGUCCCCUGCGUGGGAGAUCGGGAGGGCGUCAUGUAUCAGUUCCCUCCUACCUUCAGGGUCCAGGUUCCCUCCGACAAGCCCGUCGGCAUCCCGCACAAGGACGCGGACUAUCCGAGCCAUGUGGACACAGAGAUCAAUUUCUGGGUACCGGUGACCAAGGUGUGGGGAGCAAACUCUCUGCAUACCGAGAGCGCGCCAGGUCUUGGCGACUUCCACCCCUUCGAGUUGGAGUUCGGGCAGUUCGUGCGGUUCUGGGGCAACCAGUGCCAUCAUUACACGGUCAUGCUGAGAAAUCUGCCGAUGCGUGUGGAGGUUGGGAGAAAGAGAGUUGCAAUACGGAAAGAUGAGAGAUGA